AGUUGAUCACUUGACUCCGGGUGGGGCAGUUGGUGCUGACAUUGCUGACAGUGAACUCGUCUACAUAAUUCCUUUGCUGACAGUCUGACCAUCUAUAACUCCAUGGUCAGACGUGGUGCUGACAGUGUUGUUCUUGCCUGACAUCGUGUGAGAAAUCAGACUUCGUUAUCGGCUGACUUCCUCCGUUAACGAGAACGAUGAGAGGCGUGGUGUUGGCUGCGCUGGUGGUGUCGUGUGUGGUGGCGGUGGUGGUGACUGCCGCUGUGGAGGAGGAGGAGGAGGAGAACAGCCGCGUGAAGAGACAGUUCGGAUUCAACGGAAAUCGAGGUGGUGGGGGGAAUCCAUUUAAUGUCGGAAGUUUCCAGGGCGGAGGAUUCAACUUUCCACAGCAACCAGCUCAACCCUUCAACCCUCCGCAGACUUUCAUACGGACUAGGCAGGGUUUCGUGUCAUCCAAUCAAGGAGGAGGAAACAACCGGAGACCCGGUAACAGACCCGGUAACAGACCCGGUAAUGGCGGCGGAAGACCCGGUAAUGGCGGCGGAAGACCCGGUAACAGACCAGGUAAUAGCGGCGGCGCCCCUGGACGGAAACCAUUUUGUCAGAGGCGGAGGAAUAGACAGGCACAAGAGUGUAUUGAUCAGAAUGCAGGCACGAGUGAGCCGCUUGUGGACAAUGCACUAUCAGGGAUCACGUGGAUACAAGGUCUGUUACGCGGCAAAAAAAAGGACAGGGUGGCUAUCCCAAGUUUACCCGGAACACCCAGAGCUGUUGCUGAGAGGCGCUCCUUCCUGCUUGGCGUUGGCUUCGCUGACGAACCCCGUCAAGACUGUGUGACUCCCAGGUUCGAGAGGGGGAGUUGCCGCUUCCUUCAACACUGUAUCUUACCAGAAUUCGCCAGUGACUUCAACGUCUUCCUUAGUUAUGUCUGUUUCAUCGAUGGAAGGUACGUGGGGGCUUGCUGUCCACAUAGCUAUAACAGCCAUGGUGUAACUGUGGCACCCACGCCCGCACCCACGCCCGCACCCACGCCCAGGCCGACCACACCCGCAUCUGAAUCGCAUGGUUGUGGCCUUAACCUCAAACAACGCAAGAUUCCUCCCAUACGUAUUGUCGGGGGUACCAUCACCGACCCCCGAGAGUGGCCCUGGGUUGCAGCACUGGUGAGGGGUAACGCUGCAGACAAUGCUUACUGUGGUGGCGUGCUGGUCACCGACCAACACGUCCUCACCGCAGCUCAUUGUGUUCAAGGGUUUGACUCUAAUAACAUCCGCGUGCGGUUGGGAGAAUACAAUUUCAGUCAGUCCUCUAGCGGCUCGGCUGAUUUCUCGGUUUCGAACAUUGUGAUACAUGAAGCCUACGACACCACGACCUACGUCAAUGACAUCGCUCUGAUCAAGUUAGCUAGAACGACUGAUUUCAACGCGGACAUCUGGCCGGUGUGUUUACCUGAUGGGGACAACAAAUAUGUAAACAGAGUGGCACAAGUGAUAGGCUGGGGUACCAUCUACUUCGGAGGGCCAGUGUCACCAACGCUUCAAGAGGUGUCCGUACCUAUCUGGACCAAUGCAGACUGUGACGCAGCGUACGAACAGAACAUUAUCGAUAAACAGCUUUGUGCUGGAGACAAGGCCGGUGGCAAGGAUUCGUGUCAGGGCGACAGUGGCGGGCCUCUUAUGCUCCAGGACACAGUAACGGGAAGAUGGUCGGUAGUAGGUAUUGUGUCUUGGGGAAUCCGCUGUGCUGAGGCCAACAGUCCGGGCGUGUACACCAGAGUCACUGAGUACCGCGAUUGGAUCAGGCUCAAUCAGUAAGUGACCAGCAAGGCAACACAAUACAACAAUAAGAACCGCCAAUCAGCAACGCGCAUUGACAAUCCAUAGAAAACGAGAACCAUGAGCAACACAGUCAGUCAAGAUUUGCAAUUAUUUAUGACAAUACAGUGGACACAGAAAACGGGAAUCAUCCCUACAAAGUACGUUGCAUCAACAACCGGUAUUUAUAACAAGAAAGAAACUACAACUACACACUUGUCAAACUACGCUCAGAAAAUAGGAAACACCUAUGGGCAACACACCUUGACAUUCUAUAGAAGACGGGGCUACCAAUGAGUAGCUACGCAUUGCCUAAACGCAUAGUAUAUAAGGGAAAAAUGGGAAACGUCAGUAGUGAACAAACCACCAAGUGUGUGUAUGAGUCGGUGAUGAAGAAACACGCUUUUCUUUGUCAAUAUUUUACUACUGUACUUCAAAAGCCGAGGUAUUUCGUGGAUACAAUAUAAACUUCAAAGCAUGACAUUUAAACUUGGAAUUCGAAUCUUGUUGUGUGGAAUAUGAAAGAGUACCUUUGAUAUCAUAAAAUAGGUUUGAAUCCUCGUAGAGUGGUAUCAGAACCAGUGCCUUAAACCUCACGAUAAAGAUUCGAACUACUAUGUAUCAGAAGCAAUGUCUUAAACUUCAAGAUCCUGGUUCGAUUCCAGUUAUCUAUGUAUGAGAUCCAUUCCAUUACGGUUCACUGUGGGGUCAUAGCCAUUUGAGGACAACAGGUGAAUCCUCAAAUAUUGGAAUUAUUAUCUCGACUCGCACGUUGAAGCCACAAUGAGGGGCCUCGUCUGAUCCAGCUCAUAGGAAGACCGUCAAGUGCUUCUGUGAGGACAGGUUCAGUAAACAUUGACAUCAGUUGGUAAUACUUAAGACGAGUUGGGCAUUAGCCAGGGGUAAGAGGGAGGAGUUUAUUAUGUCAAUGGACGUUUAUAUUCUUGUUUAAUUUUAUUUAAUCUUUUAAACUAUUUUAUAUCUUGGUACAGAAGUGUAUAUGGAGAGGCAAAGCUAACUGGUACAUUCUUAGUGUAUUGUAGCAUAGCCGUGUGUGUGUGUAUACCCAAUGGGGUCAAUUGGUGGCACCUUCCUACACUUAACUGUUGCUUGUAUGAGGGAAAAGGUUGAUUGAUAAAGUGGAUCUUGGUGUAUGUACUGAAACUGGAAAUUUUUUACAAUCAAUAAAUUCCUUUUACUUCAAAUA